UCUGUUUGGUUCCUUCUCUUUUCUAUUUUAGAGGCGGUUCAUCCAACCAUCGUCGCCUCUCAAAAACUAAUCCCAAAAUUCAGCGUCACCAUUUCCAUUUCCCCUAAAAUUUCAAUAAAAAUCUCAUCAUUUAACUAUUAAUUCGUGAAUUAAAUUAUAUGAUUUGCAUCGGUGCGAGCAUUCCAAGCGCUCGAAUCCUCCAUCAUCAACAAAUUCAAGAUAAAGAACAUAUUUUGAGGAGUAAAAGCUCGUACCUGCGAUCACCAGCGACGACGACGGUGAGAAUACCGGCGAUCGAGAUGGAGUCCACGUCGAAGGCGUCGGCGAUCGCGUCCACGCCGUUGAUUCUGACCUCAGGCGCCAGCGGUCGGGUCACCGCCCUCUUCUCUCUCCGAUCGCUAAGAAGCUUGCUGCUUUUGUUCAAUAGCUUUUUGCUUUUGCUUUUGCUGCCGUUUCGGCGGAGGACGAUAGCGGUGUCGGAGAAGUCGGAGGGGGUGGUGGUGAGAGUGCCGGCGGCGAUGGUGAGGAGGACGAAGGAGAGCGAGGCGGCGGCGAGGAGAGCGAUGGCGAUUAAGAGGUUGAAGGAGAUUGAGGAGGAGAUGGAGGAGACGAAGACGAGCUCGAAGGAGUUCUCGCUGAUGUCGACGGUGAGAGGGGAUACGAUAUUCACGAGGUCGUGGACGCCGAUCGCUUCUAAGAUCAAGGGGCUGGUUGUCGUUAUGCAUGGUUUAAAUGAACACAGUGGAAGAUACAAUUAUUUUGCUAAGCAACUAAAUGCCAGUGGAUUUAAAGUUUAUGCUAUGGAUUGGACUGGUCAUGGAGGAAGUGAUGGAUUGCAUGGCUAUGUUCAUUCCCUUGAUUAUGCAGUGAACGAUUUGAAAACUUUCUUGGAUAAGGUGUUGACUGAAAACCCUGGAUUGCCAUGUUUUUGCUUUGGCCAUUCCACAGGUGCAGCCAUUAUCCUUAAAGCCGUAUUAGAUCCGAAGGUUGAAGCUCGAAUUAGUGGUGUAGUAUGCACAUCCCCAGCUAUUGGUGUUCAACCAUCUCAUCCUAUUGUUGCGGUUGUUGCUCCAAUAUUCUCUCUCUUACUCCCAAGAUACCAAAUUAGCAACGCAAACAAGAAGGGGCCUCCUGUCUCGAGGGACCCAGAAGCCUUGCGAGCCAAGUACUCUGAUCCAUUAGUCUUCACCGGUUCACUGAGAAUACGAACAGGCUAUGAAAUCCUCCGAAUUACCUAUCAUCUCCAACAAAACCUGAACAAAGUCACUGUUCCCUUUCUAGUCCUUCAUGGCACAGCCGAUACGGUUACAGACCCUACCGCGUCUCAAAGGCUCUAUGAUGAAGCCUCUUCUGACGAUAAAUCCAUAAAGCUCUAUGAUGGGUUCUUUCAUGAUUUGCUGUUUGAGCCGGAGCGGGAUGAUAUAUUGAAGGACAUUAUUGAUUGGUUGUGUUGUAGAGUUGAGUGAAGAGCGAUAACGUUGAGAAAGUGGUGCGGUGAUUUUUAAUCCGUGUUGCCACUUGGGCGGAGUUUGUUGAAGAAAUUGUGCGUUGUAUUGAAACUCUCUUGGGACUGUUAAUAUAAUAAAUUUAUCAAAAGGAUAUAUUAGAAGGGUUUUUUUUUUUGCAUCUUUAAUUGUACCACUCUGGGACUGCAGCACGAAUAUCUCGUUAUAUCUUCUUUAAUUUAUGA